AUGGCAGUCACGUAUAUUUUUAUCGUGGUUCUGGGCUUGCAAAAUGUAUUUAUCAAUUUAGGUUACGCGUUUGAUUUACUACCUUUCAGCGGCUUAGAGACAAUUGAAGACCUGUUGCAAUUUGCCGGAGAGUUUCCUAAAUUAAAUGACGAGAUACAACAACUCAUAGAACACGACGCCCUGAAUCAAUACAGAUUAGGAGAGGAUAAUGAAGACAAAUACCUAAAUGCUACUCAAUUAAUGCAUAAAUAUGGUCAUGAUGCAGAAAUUCACCAUGUUACAACUGAAGACAAAUACAAACUGACGAUGUACAGAAUUCCGGGUAAAGGAGAACCUGUCUUUAUAAUGCACGGCUUGUUGAUGAGUGCUGUAGAUUGGCUGACGGUCGGACCUCAUAAAGCUCUCCCAUACAUACUAGCGGAGCAAGGGUACGACGUAUGGAUGGGCAACGCUCGCGGCAGCUCUGUAGACUCACGGGGCCAUGUAUACCUAUCUGCAGAAGACGAUGUUGCCCGUUACUGGGAUUUCAGCUGGGACGAAAUCGGCCGUUACGACCUGCCCGCUAUGAUCGACUAUGUACUGCAGGAAACUAACCGAACUGCUGUCAAAUACGUAGGCCACUCACAAGGAACAACGUCAUUCUUCGUGAUGUGCUCAGAGAGACCGGAAUACAACGAAAAAAUAUCAAUAAUGGUCGCGCUCUCACCAAUCGUGUAUAUGUCACAUAUGGAGAGCCCCCUCUUGAAAUUGAAACCAUCUCUCGAACCAAUGUACCAGCUAAAGCUGGAGGAAAUGCGACCGGAGGGUACCGACCGGGGUAUCUACUGGGACUCUUGCAAACAAACAGAACAAUGA